GUAUUGAUGCAGUCGUACAGUACAACUCCAUUGCUGCAUGUCCCUGACUGUUUUCUUUGGGGAAGAACAACGUUGAUACAGGAUGCUGUUUGCCUUGGUGCUGUGUGCAGUUGUGUUAGCAGGGAGCAGUAAAGUUCAAGACGAUGAAUGGAUUGACCCCACGGAUAUGCUCAACUACGAUGCAGCAUCAGGAAAAAUGAGACCUUACAAGGCAAACUACCACAACUCUGAGGAUGAGACUGGCAAUGCAGUCAGUACUGAAAUAUCGAGUUGCUCCAGGGCAGUCGAUUCUUUGAAACAGAAGGUUGCAGACUGUGAGAAGAGGAUUGCCAAAUCCCAUGAAAGCAGAAGCUUUUAUAUUUUUAAGCGGUACUUAAAUAAGAUUUUAAAUGAAGCUGGAAAACUUGGCCUGCCUGAGGAAAAUGUGGGCCAUGUCCAUUAUGAUGCUGAGAUCAUCCUUACAAAACAGACGUAUUUGGAGAUCCUCCGGUUUCUGCAGGAGGAAACGUGGCAGUCGGGUGCUGUAGAUGAUGCGCUUAGUGACAUUUUGAUCAAUUUUAAGCACCAUGAUUAUGAAGCUUGGCACUGGAGAUUUGAAGACACUUUUGGAAUAGAGCUAUAUAAUAUGUUUCUGAUACUGUUGUGCUUAGUGUGUAUUGUGACUGUAAUAGCUACAGAGCUUUGGACACGUAUUCAUUGGUUUGUUCAGCUGAAACGAGUACUAUUAAUAAGUUUCCUCAUCAGUUUUGCAUGGAAUUGGCUUUAUUUGUAUAAGCUGGCCUUUGCACAACACCAAGCAGAAAUCGCAAAAAUGGGGCAGUUUGAUAAUGUCUGUGCUGAGAAGCUCAACUGGAAGGAAAGUCUGAUUGAAUGGCUCAGAAGUAAAUGGACGUUUCAGGACGAUCCUUGUCAGAAGUACUAUGAAACUCUACUCGUCAAUCCCGUUUUGCUGGUUCCACCCACCAAGGCACUGGCAAUUACUUUCACCAACUUUGUAACAGAGCCUUUGAAGCACGUAGGACAAGGUAUUGGUGAAUUCAUCAAAGCACUUAUGAAGGAGAUCCCUUUCUUCCUGCAGAUUCCAGUGCUAAUUAUUAUGGCUCUAGCUGUCCUGGUUUUCUGCUAUGGUGCAGGAUCAUCAGCAUCUGUGUUAAGAUACUUAACAUCAUCUCAGAAGAGAAGUCCUCUUCCCCCUGACCAUCAACAGGACAAGAUAGACUUCGGGCAGUACAAUGGGAGCAAAGGAGAUGGCUGUUACUCAGAGAAACCUCUUUAUGUUUCUAGAGCACCUUGUGACAGGGAAGACCCUUCUCUGAGACCAGGAAAUGGAAGAAGUCCUGAUGUUGCGCAUACAGGCAAUAAGCAAGAUACGCAAGUAGAAGAGUCUCACAAACCAGAACCUCGUAAUAGAUUGCACACUGAGUCUGAAGUUUGUAGACUAGAACCUACCACAGCUGAAAAACACACUGAAGAACCUGCACCUGAGCAGCAGAAACAGGAGCCAGACAAAGCACAGCAAGAGGUGGGAGAAAACUGUGAUCCUAGUAAAAACCUCAAACAAAGGAAUUCUGCAAUGGGACUGUGUGAAGAGAAGAUAAAGAGCAGUUCAUGUGACUCACAGGAGGGAGACUGAGGAAGCCUGAGCUCUCCUGUGGAGUAGAGGAUGUUGCCACUGAAGCAGCUGAGAACCUGUUCUUCUCCUGAAAGUAGCAUCUCUGAUCAUCCAUCCUGUUGCUCUGGAAACGACUCAGCAGAUCAAAGAACCCUUCAUCUGCCAUUGCCUCUCGACUGUUUUUCUGAAGAGAAAAGUGGAGUUAGUGGUAUUCUGAACUCAAGAGUACCUAAAACUGGGGCAACUGUAUCACAGUUUCAGUCCAGUAAUAGGUUUGACAUUUGCGUAUCUGAAAUGCAUUAAAUGAAUUUUUUUAGU